AAUGUUAGCUUUAAUCUGAUGAGGGAUUUUGCCUGCUGAUUAAGAGCAUGGUGUUCAAAUAUCAUGUCGUUCUGGUUUCUGGCCCCAACUCUGCCUCUUACUAACUGUAUGACCUCAUUCUUAGCUUGGCUUGUUUGUAAGAUAGAGAUGAUAAUACCUAACUCAUGGGAUUAUUGUGAGGAUAGGUGGAAACAAACGUAAGUGGAGAGAGCGCUUAGCGUGAUACUUGGCUCACAGAGUAAGUGCUCUCAGUGAACACCAGUGCUCAUCAUUAUAAUAGUGAGGUCAUGCCCAUGGAGUCUCAGCCACUUUUGUGUUUCUUCUGGCCCAGGUGAGUAUUUUAUCUCCUUCAAAAUGCAUUUCACAACGUGACUGAUUAAUCCAUUCAGCAGAUAUUCAUUGAACUCCUGUUAUGUGCCAUAGACUUGAUGCUGGGGAUACAGCAGAGAGAUAGGCAGGCAGAUAUCCCUGCCUAAUGGGAUGGAGUCAGGGUUGCAAUUGUAAAUAGCUUUCUUCAAAUGAAGAAAGACCUGAAUGAAGGCGGUGUAGAAGUGAAUGGUGUGGUUAUCUGCAGGAAGUUUGCUCCAGGCACUGAGGCAGAAGCAUGCUGAUGUGCGUAGGGAACGGUAGGAGUUGAGAGUGGCGAGCUCAGGGUGCGAAAGAAAGAGGACUAGUUAAAGAGGUCAGACAAGUGAUGGUGGUAGGGACAUACGGUCCAGAUUGUGUGAAGCUUUGUAAGUCAUUGUAGCAACUUGGUUUUGCUUUGAGUAAGACUGGAAAUCAUUGCAGGGUUUUGAGCAGAGGAGUGAUCUGACUUGUUUUGUAAAAGGGUAGCUUGCGUGCUAUGUGGAGAACAGGUUUGUAAGGGGCCACGGUGGAAGGACAGGCUGUCCAGGGGAGAGGCAGUAGUGGUGGUGAUGAGGGUGGUCACGUUCUGGAUGUAGCAUAUUGUGAAGUGAGAGGAUGUACUGCUGGAUUAGAUGUGAGAGAAAGGAGAGUCAGUGUGAUUCCAAGAGUUUCGGCUGGAGCAUCCGGAAGGAUGGCGUUCCCAUCCGCUGGGAUGGGAGAGCGAGUGGAUGAGUCGUUGCGGAACCACAGGCUGCUUGAAUAAUUACUCAAAGCGUAUGGCAGUGCGUCUUCAUUUCCAUCUUCGUAUGGAGAAAAUAGCAUGAUGUUUAGGAUGAUGACUUUUCUUACAGCUAUUUCUCCAGUUCUAGGAACCUUAAUGUUCAGCAUGACUCUGACAAGGGACCUUAUUUAGAAGAGUUCACAAAAUUGUAAAUUCCUGUAUUUUCUGUGGUUCAAGUGAUAAUGCCUUAGUCAUCUUGCUGAAUGAACAGUCUGGGCUAGCUGCUUUCUUUAAUAAAUGUAAAACCUUACUAAAGAAUAGUUAAAAACACAGUUUUUAGAAUAUGUAUCUGUUAUACUGAUGGCUAAGAAACCCUGGUAGCACGGUGGUUAAGCGCUUGGCUGCUAACCAAAUGGUCUACGGUUUGAACCCACCAGAUGCUCUCCAGGAGAAAAGACCUGCUGAUCUACUCCCAUAAAGACUUGAGCCUGCUAAGCCCUAUGGGGCAGUUCUGCUCUAUCAUAAAGGGUCGCUGUGAGUCAGAAUUGUCUCGAGGGCACACAACAACAGCAUAGUGAUGGCUGGCAAAAUUUCGGGGGAAAAAUCUCAAGUGAUUUGAUUCAUUUUAUUAAUUUUCCUCACAGUUGCUGGAAAAUACUUUGACAUUUGUUCUGGGAAGUUCAUAUGAAGAUUAAUGAAAUUAAUUGUUAGCGUGGAAGAACUGGGGCCUGCCGUUCUCUUUUUAGUCUCAGAAAUUUAAGUUUCAAAGCCCCAAUGCUAAACUGUCAUGAACAGUAAAACCUGUGAAAGCUGGAACCCGUGUAAGGCGAAACCUGUCAGAGAAGGAAAACGUAAAUAUUUUCCACUAAUGGAGAGCGAUAGAAAAGUGAUAGGACCCCACUCUGUCAACGGCGCAGAACUUGCGAGACCCGGACAGACAAUUCCUGAUUGCGACCAGUUUUUGAGCACUGCCGUGUUCGAGGCACAUAGUCAGGAAACAGAAACUUAACCGGCUGAUAAGCGUGGAGCUGAAGUUUACAUCUAAGUCUGUUUCCCAUGGAGCUACCUGAAAUUAGGGAGUGGAGCAACUGCUGUGGUCCAAGCAGCGUUUUGUAUCCCUAAGAAGGAGAAGGUGGCAAUCAAACGGAUAAACCUUGAGAAGUGUCAGACGAGCAUGGAUGAACUCCUGAAGGAAAUUCAAGCCAUGAGUCAGUGCCAUCAUCCUAAUAUUGUGUCUUACUACACGUCUUUUGUGGUAAAAGAUGAACUUUGGCUGGUCAUGAAGCUGCUAAGUGGAGGAUCUGUUCUGGAUAUUAUUAAGCACAUUGUGGCAAAGGGAGAACACAAAAGUGGAGUCCUCGAUGAACCUACCAUUGCUACAAUACUCAGAGAAGUGCUAGAAGGGUUGGAAUACCUGCAUAAAAAUGGACAGAUUCACAGAGACGUGAAAGCUGGAAAUAUUCUUCUUGGAGAAGACGGCUCAGUACAAAUCGCAGACUUUGGGGUUAGUGCGUUUUUAGCAACUGGUGGUGAUAUUACACGAAAUAAAGUGAGGAAGACCUUCGUGGGCACGCCUUGCUGGAUGGCACCCGAAGUCAUGGAGCAGGUCCGAGGCUAUGAUUUCAAAGCUGACAUCUGGAGUUUUGGGAUCACAGCAAUUGAGCUGGCCACAGGGGCAGCUCCUUAUCACAAGUAUCCACCAAUGAAGGUUUUAAUGCUGACACUACAGAAUGAUCCUCCUUCUUUGGAAACUGGUGUUCAAGAUAAAGAAAUGCUGAAAAAAUACGGGAAAUCAUUCAGAAAAAUGAUCUCAUUGUGUCUUCAAAAAGAUCCAGAAAAAAGACCAACAGCAGCAGAACUGUUGAGGAACAAAUUUUUCCAGAAAGCAAAGAAUAAAGAAUUUCUUCAAGAAAAAAUACUACAGAAAGCACCAACCAUUUCUGAAAGAUCUAAAAAGGUGCGAAGAGUACCGGGUUCCAGUGGCCGUCUUCACAAAACAGAGGAUGGUGGCUGGGAGUGGAGUGAUGAUGAGUUUGAUGAAGAAAGCGAGGAGGGGAAAGCAGCAAUUUCACAACUCAGGUCUCCUCGAGUGAAAGAACCAUUAAAUUCCGAGCUCUUUCCAACAGCUGAUCCCGUGGGUACUUUGCUUCAAGUUCCAGAACAGAUUUCUGCUCAUCUACCUCAGCCAGCUGGGCAGACGCCUGCACAGCCAACUCAAGUCUCUCUCCCUCCCCCCACAGAGCCAGCGAAACCAGCUCAGGCUCUGUCUUCAGGAGCAGGUUCACAAGAAACCAAGACCCCAAUCAGUCUAGUGCUAAGAUUAAGGAAUUCAAAAAAAGAACUAAAUGAUAUCCGAUUCGAGUUUACUCCUGGGAGAGACACAGCGGAGGGCGUCUCUCAGGAGCUCAUUUCUGCUGGCCUGGUCGACGGAAGGGAUUUAGUAAUAGUGGCGGCUAAUUUGCAGAAAAUUGUGGAAGACCCUCAGUCAAAUCGAUCUGUCACUUUCAAACUGGCAUCUGGUGUGGAAGGCUCGGAUAUUCCUGAUGAUGGUAAAUUAAUAGGAUUUGCCCAGCUCAGCAUCAGCUAAACCACAGCCCAGAAGAGGCGGCCCAAGGAGAUUCCACACGUGUAUCUCUGUUGCUCCUGUUGGUCCAAACCUACUACUGCCAAAGACCCCGCAACAGACCUCCCUGGCUAGGGGCUUUAGAGGCCUCGUUACGUUCUUCCUGCCAUCCCCCUUUUCCACAGGGAAAGGAAAGCUGGAUCACCAGUGGCCAG